UUGAAUUUUUUCCCUCCAGUCCCAGUCUCGAGGCAGUCGACUUUUUCCAUCUGUCGAAAGCAAGUCUACAAACCGUGCCUUCUCCUGCCGCGGUUCGGUCGUCCAGAUUUGGACUGUGUUGGAAGGAAGCAGAGAUUCCAUAUCGCGUAUAAAAUUGAAAUAAAAAUUCUUCCGUCGGCUUCUAGCAAGGUGGCAAGAAGAGAAGUGAAAAUAAUUAACCGAUGCUGCUGCAAUAAUAGUGGGCAACGACGGUGAGUUGCGGAAAGGUUCUAUCGGGUGCGCGGAGAUUCGUGAGGACUGCAGCAAUGGAAUAUGUUUUCGAUGUGUUCUUCGAGGAGUCCUUCCUGACGAUGGAGCGCAGUGGUCUGAAGACCCGCAGCGGACGGAGGGAUGUAAUUGAUCAUUUGAACUCGGUCAUUUCCGGGUGUAUCGAGGGCCGCCAGACGGCGAGCCCCCAGCUAGCGGUCGGAUUGGCCGUUAAGUCAGCGAUUGAUUACCACCGGAAGAUGAAGGACGGUAAUCAUCGGGUGUGCAUGAUGGGCAAGUACCACAACGUACUGUACAUCGCGCUGAGGGUUGCAUGGGAUUGGAGUUUGGAGGACUCGGGAAUUGUCAAGUGUUUGCUAGAGGAGAUCUACUGUUGUGAGAAAACUUUCGAACGGAUCUUUCUGGGAGCACUGUUCGGAUCGAACGCACCGCAUUUCAUCGCUGGCUGGAAGAGUGAUUUCAAGGAUCAGGACGAGAAUCUUCGCGCGCUUGUGUUCUUUCUGCAUCAUGCUGGUCGAACCGGAUUGUGCUUUCCGAGUUAUUCAUACGAGUAUCAAAGUACCGUGCCUACUCAAUUCAUUGACGUUCCAAUCGAAUCGUGCGGUAAAGCGGCACCGCUGCGGGUGGCCAUCCAAGCAUCGGCACCAGAUGUUCUGAUGAUAUUAUUACGUCACGGGGCCGAUCCCACUCCGGCCGACGGAGGCUCUUCACCGAUCGUGAGCAUCCUGGACAAACUGCUCGAGUACGAGAGCCGUGGCUAUCCUUAUCAGCUGGUAUCCUGUCUCCGGCUGCUGCUGCGCUGCACCAUCAUGGUGGAGUUACCUUAUAAACCGGCUCUGUUCCACGUACGCAGGGAAAUGUUUGAGAAAAAGUACGCGCCGCUGCUGGCGGAAAAACUCAUCCCCCCGGAGCAACUUUUCGGAGUGCCAAAGCUGAAGCGUAUGUGUCGCUGUCACGUACGCAAUCAACUGCGCAAUAAUUUUCAAUUGCCUCGUGGUAUCAAUAAAUUGGCGGUUCCACGAAAAAUUAAGAAAUAUAUCGAUCUGAUGGAUUGAUUCCAGUCGGUGGCCCGGGUAGACAUGGGUACAAA